AUGAAUAUUCAGGACAGUAUUGGGUGGAGGAAUGUGGACAUCUUGUGUCCUAAUGGAGUCAAUAGAAGGACCAGCUUCACCCCUUUGCCUUGUAAGCAAUGUCUCAGAGAUCUGAUGGGCUCUUCACAUACAGUAGAAAAGCAAGGAUGCAGUUCAGGGAGUCUGCCUCCAAAGCUGCGUGAGUGGAAAAAGACAGUGGCCCAGCAGGAAUCCAUCAGGCAAGAGUAUUGCAGAAAAGCCUGGACAGUCAUGGUGCUGAAAGAAAUGAAGCCAUUUGAAUUUGAGACCCAAGAAGGAAAACAAUAGAUGUUUCACACUGCAGUGGCUAUGGAGAGUGCGCUCUUUUAUGUAAAAGUUUUCAAUAAAUAGCUGAAGGAUAAAUUCACUCCAAAAAUUAUGAUAUCAAAAUAUUAUUGGCAUAGUUGUUUCCUGGAAGCAAAUAGUGCCUCCAUUGUGUGUGAUGUUGAAUCUGACCAACAGAUCAGUGUCCCACAGCACAUUAUCAGAAAACCUGGUGAAACCCCCAAAGAUCGUAAGCUUCAAACUCAGCCGCAUAAAACAAUUGUGAAUAGGCUGUUUGUAGUCCAGAAGGAUAUAACUCUGGUCAAGAAUGAACAGGUUGAUGCUCCACCAGAAUUGGUGCUUUAUAGGUCUAACGCCCAAGCUGAGGCCUUCCAAAGCAGAUGGCAGUGCUCGCACUCACUGCAAGUUUAUCUCAUGAUGUAA